AUGCUUCACGAUUUCGGCAUCUCGGCAGUGGCAGUCCUCGGCCGUAUCGUUUUGUCACAAGUUUCGGCACCAAAGGCGCUUCUGUCAAAGCUCACCAACCAAACCGUUUUGGAUACAGUAGCUGGUUUCUCAAAGAAGCAAGUGAACAACUUUGGAGCUGACUUUGGAACUUUCCUGGUGCCAACUCGUGACAUCGUCUAA